AGAGAAAAUGGUUCGUGUGAUCAGCUGUUUUCACUUCGCGUCGCAGCGGGUAGAAGGUGGCGAUGGCUUUAUUGUCGGACUGUGUCACAUUCCGCCGGGACGGCUGUGUCUCGCUUUUCCCUGGAAACUUGAAAUCUGGGAUCUCACUCCGAAAUUGAAACGAUUUACGACUUUUCCAGUGGUCGGCACUGUUAAAACAGUAGACUAUUCAGAGAAAGGAAAAUACUUGGCUACCUUGGAGUCCGUGAGCAAUGAAGACAGCGAGACCAAAUCGUGCGUCAGAGUAUAUGCUUCAUGGGAUGACAGUCCCGAGAUCCAGUUCGACGGAGCGUCUUGUGUGGCUUAUGAUGGACGAAGUCCUAACCGGGCCCACUCGCGUAGUCCGGAACUGGAAGUAAUUGAACUUCCGAGAGCAGGAGAAUCAGUGACAACCUUUUCCACGUGUCCGGCUACAGGAAACAUAGCUGCUGCGUAUCGCACUCACGUGGCUGUGUUCAAAAUGAAGCGUGUAUGGGACUCCGCAGCAAAUUACGCUUUCUUGGAUUUUGUGUAUUUUCUAAACGUUGUGCCGAAUUUUGCACCCAAAAAGAUACUGCUGAGGGAAAACGUCAUGGCUUGUAUGUCGUCUACCUUUGUGCAUGUCUUCCAGAUUUCAGUCGUUGCCCGUGUUGACCCACCUCAGAAUGAAUUGUCUCAUGAGCGUCAAGAAUCCAAUGUACUGAUUGAGAGGAACUGCUCCAUUUGUCGGGACUUGCUAACGGAAGUGAAAAACACGGACGCGAAUCGGGAAAUCGUGAUUGAUUGCAGCAUGAUGUCGACUCCUGGUGGAAGACAUGCCCUCGAUGUGGCGAAUGAGGCAGUUUUGCAAGGACAAAACAAUACUCUGUUCGGCAAUAACUUUUCGCGAAUUCCGUGGCAUGAAUCGUGGUGGGCGACCGACGCUGCCUUUGAGCCUACUGCGGACGCGAUCGCGCAAUCCCCGGAAAUAAUUGGUCCCAUAAUUGAUCCCAACAACCCGAUGGUGACUUUGGUGGGAGAGUUUGCCGAAGAGGCAGAGGCUGAGGAAAUUCGGGUACACGUGACAACCCUGGUGCGAAUCGGCCCCGUUACUUCCCCGGCCGUCACUCCUGUAAAUGGGGGAGACCCCGGCUGGGAUAAAGCAGAAGAAGAGGAUGAUCGUUCCAUUCGGGACAUAAUACUGCGUUCGACGUAUAUUCCUGGCUACCACAACUUGCUCUUUGAAGGCAAAGUCGCAGAGACGGAUAAGAACAGCGAAGAGAAAGCGGAUUUUUUGACACUGACGAGUGAUGAACUGUCUUCGCUGAUCGGGAUGGAGUUCGCUGUGUGCUACGAGCAAGAAGCGCAUUUCUAUGUCUGGCUCAUGGGUUCUGGGCCUGAAGGAAUUAUUGAAGAUAAUUGUUGGGGGCCCAAUCCUGAUGAUACCAUUCAUCUUCUCGGAUUGCACCCGUUCUUACAAGUUGGCCGUUUGAUCGCUUGUCCAGUUUCCCCGGACAAAAGCUUCUUGGUUCUCACGUCAGUGUCGGAUACUGCUAACAAACAACAAUGGGAGGAUUUGGAAGAUUCUGCAGAGAAAUGGACCAUGUAUGUCUUGGAGCUUCCUGGUGUCAAGAUGCUGUGUGAUGACCUGAAGGAUGCCAUUCGUACCCAAAAGGAUGAUGAUUCCGACCUUGCGAAGGAAUUGGUGCGUGAAGGCCACGUGACUCUCGGUUGGCUCGGGAUAAUGGCGAGGUCGAGUUACACAUCUAAACGACGAGGUUCCUUGUCCGCAACGAUUCUAUCACGUCUUCCAAGCCCGAUAUUCGAUCUUUGGGCGGAAUCCUGUUGUCGCCUGGCGUGGGCUUCCCUCGAAGAUGAUCCAGAAGCAUCGUUCUGUUAUCUCAAGAUGUCCGGAAUGCGUCCGAAACCGUUGUUGGAACGGAUUGAGGCUCGCUGUGCUCAACACCCUGCGGAUACAGUAUCUUUGGACGACCUCGCCCUGAGGUUAAUGGACGAUUUAUUCCUCCCGACGGGGUUGGCGAGGUUGACGGAGGUUCUUGUGUGGGAUGACGUGGAAGCAGCGCUGAAGGUGUAUUCCCGCGCGGGUUCCUGGAAGCUUUCGGAAGCUAUCCUUUCGUGUCCUGCUUUGCUUGGCGAUGGCAAGACCGAACGCUUGGGGAAAGUUAUGGAUGCGUUAACUGUUCAGGUGGCGAAGCUGAAGGAAUGUUCAGUAACCGAGGUCUUGGCAGCUGCGCUGCUCUUGCUGUUGACUGGCCGGGAAGCCCAAGCGGAAAAAAUGCUCGGGAUCCCAUCCACCACCCGUCUGAUAGGAACUUUGACGAAGAAUCCCCACUUCUUGUUCAGGAAAUUGGGCAACGAAUUCCGCCCGACGUUACUGCUCAAAGUUUUGAUUAUCAUUCAGCCGUCGUUGCUGUACCAGUCGCUGAUCCGAAUAGGGUUCUCAAAAGGCAACCUUGUUCCGAAGAUGUUUGGAUGUUUGAAUUUACUCGCGCAAGAUGAUUCCACGAUUCCGUGGGGAAUUUCAACCACGAACGUAGGACAGUAUCUGGCUUCCCCGCAGGAGUAUCUGGAGAUGUACUUUAAAACUGCUGCACAUCAUUGUCAUAUUCCGAUCGGUGUCGAGAAGGACUACUUGCAGUGGCUCAUCACUCGGUACUUGGACCACCUGUGCUGCGAAAAGCAAAGCCCACCCACGGAAGUUGCACGUUGUUCAGUCAACCGCCACAAGAAAACACUUUUUGGUUCGCGUCCAGCAUUUCUGGACUUCUUGCCUCCGUUUGACGUGACUUCCCACGUAUCUGAAACCUGUAUUCUGGAUGAUUUCGAAGCCAAAAAGGCCUUGAAAGAUUUGAGGCGAGCCUCCCCGACGGCUCGGGUCCGUGAGGGUGACGACGAGGAGGACACUAGUACCAGUCGAGGGACUGGGGAUAGCAGUGGGGAAAAGAAAUCGGACGAUGCGGAUUCCUCGUGUCCGUGUUUUUCGUGUAAUGCGCAGUUACUGGGGCUUCAGUCUCUUCUGUGGAGUAAGCUGAUUAGCGAAGAGGACAAGAAUUUGGUGAAAGAACGUGCUUCAGACAUUCUGGAAUCGAAAGGACGGAUCAGCUUGCAGAUAAGCUGUUCACAUCCAGCUUUGGCCGUAGCUAUGCUGGCUGUUCAUGCGCCACUUGCAUUGGCUGCUUAUGCUGUGGCGAAUCCAGAGGUCCCUGUGAGCGUUUGGAAGGAUACUACGAUGACUUUGUUCGUGAAAUACCGCGGGGAGGACGACGAAGAGGUGAAGCACGUGUUGCAAGAGAGUUUGAAAGAAUUACUGACGUACCUGUCUACGAAGCUUGCCCCAUUGGACAUGAAGAAGAUACUGCCGACAGAAUUGGAUCCCGCAGAGCACGAAUCCUUGUUGAUGAGAAGUUAUUGUGCGGAUUGGGCGAAUGACGUGGCUGAUUUGAUCGCGGAUUUGGGCGAGGGACUGGGUACUAAUCACUUCCUUUCUGCGGUCUUCCCUCGGAGGUCCGAAGCCACUGGCUCGUAAUAGUAAUCACUGCCCCUAAAAUCUCAUGUCUGAUUUUGUGUCUGGACUUAGUUUGAUGUUAUUACUCCAUGUGAAACUGUCGUGUUUUUAUUCGGUGUUCCAUUUCGAUAUUGAUUGUGCAAUCAUCAUUGACUGCUUCCGUGCAAUUUUUCCCUCGACGCGCUGCUUUUUUAAAAUUUGUGAUGGAAACGCAGAUUUAGGAUUUGUUUUGAAGAAAUGCAUGGAACAUGUUACUGCUGCUAGUCCUGAACACGCGUAAAUCUACCGAAUCUGUUGGAUUGUUGAUGUUCCCUUGUUUUUUAUUGCAAUAAAAUGUUUGGAACUA